CGGAACGCAAACCAGUAGCGACCAUGGCUUCCCAAACACUCCUGGGCGUCCUGACGGUGGCGAUGAUGGGGGCUGUCUCCCAGGCAGCGCCUCCGCACCUCAACGGCUCGCUCCCCUUCGUCAUCGAGCCUCGCGUCAACUUCGACGACACGUGUAGGUGUGGGCAGAAGGCCGCCCCCAGGAUCGUGGGCGGGGUGACCACGGGCGUGAACGAGUGGCCGUGGCAAGCGGCGCUCAUGUACGGCUCGCAGCAGUUCUGCGGCGGAUCCCUCAUCAACGACCGAUACGUCCUCACCGCCGCCCAUUGCACCGAAAGCAUGAGAGCGUCUGACCUGACCAUCCGUCUGGCCGAACACAGGCUGAGCACUUCCUCAGAGACCAGUGUUGUGAGCAGGUCCGUGUCUCAGAUCAUCGAGCAUCCGGACUAUCAGCCGGGUAACGAGAUUAACGACAUCGCUCUCAUCAAACUGUCGUCGCCAGUCCAGGUGAGCGACACAGUGUUGCCAGUGUGCAUGCCGCCACCCAACCCCACAUACGCCGGCAAGACGGCCACUGCCACAGGUUGGGGAACCACCAGCUCCGGAGGCUCGUCUUCAGACACACUCAGGGAAGUGGACGUCACGGUGCUGUCCAACACCGCAUGUCAGUCCAACAGUUACGGAAGCGCCAUUAAGGACACCAUGUUGUGCGCCGGAAGCACAGGCAAGGACUCGUGCCAGGGAGACUCCGGCGGCCCUCUGGUGUUCAAGGACGGAGGCGGAAACUACGACCAGAUCGGCGUGGUGAGCUGGGGCUAUGGGUGCGGAGCCCGAGGCUACCCCGGCGUGUACACCCGCGUCAACAGCUACCUCGACUGGAUCAGGACCAACACAGCCGAUGGCGUUUACUGCAAAGGAAUGGUUUUCUACUUGCGCAUGGCUAUAGAAAUGACAGCAAAAACACUUGGAGAGUUAAGAAUGAAUGUAGUUGAUACCAUAAGGAUAACUACGAUAAAAGUAAUGAUGAUGGCAACCACGAUUAAAGUGUUGACAGUGAAAAGACUCGUCGGUGUAUAUAAGGCCGCCUUGUCGGAACGCAAACCAGUAGCGACCAUGGCUUCCCAAACACUCCUGGGCGUCCUGACGGUGGCGAUGAUGGGGGCUGUCUCCCAGGCAGCGCCUCCGCACCUCAACGGCUCGCUCCCCUUCGUCAUCGAGCCUCGCGUCAACUUCGACGACACGUGUAGGUGUGGGCAGAAGGCCGCCCCCAGGAUCGUGGGCGGGGUGACCACGGGCGUGAACGAGUGGCCGUGGCAAGCGGCGCUCAUGUACGGCUCGCAGCAGUUCUGCGGCGGAUCCCUCAUCAACGACCGAUACGUCCUCACCGCCGCCCAUUGCACCGAAAGCAUGAGAGCGUCUGACCUGACCAUCCGUCUGGCCGAACACAGGCUGAGCACUUCCUCAGAGACCAGUGUUGUGAGCAGGUCCGUGUCUCAGAUCAUCGAGCAUCCGGACUAUCAGCCGGGUAACGAGAUUAACGACAUCGCUCUCAUCAAACUGUCGUCGCCAGUCCAGGUGAGCGACACAGUGUUGCCAGUGUGCAUGCCGCCACCCAACCCCACAUACGCCGGCAAGACAGCCACUGCCACAGGUUGGGGAACCACCAGCUCCGGAGGCUCGUCUUCAGAUACACUCAGGGAAGUGGACGUCACGGUGCUGUCCAACACCGCAUGUCAGUCCAACAGUUACGGAAGCGCCAUUAAGGACACCAUGUUGUGCGCCGGAAGCACAGGCAAGGACUCGUGCCAGGGAGACUCCGGCGGCCCUCUGGUGUUCAAGGACGGAGGCGGAAACUACGACCAGAUCGGCGUGGUGAGCUGGGGCUAUGGGUGCGGAGCCCGAGGCUACCCCGGCGUGUACACCCGCGUCAACAGCUACCUCGACUGGAUCAGGACCAACACAGCCGAUGGCGUUUACUGCAAAGGAAUGGUUUUCUAGUCUUGCCACUCCUGCUCUCACGACCACCAGUCUCGGACGUAA